AAUUGUUGUGCAAAAAUGUGACUUGAGAAAGUGUCAAAUUUAAAACUUUUGUCCAUUAAGGAAUGUUGUAAUAUAAUUCCCAUAUAAAUACAUAGGAACCAAAAGUAUUUGCACUAAUUAAAAAAGGUUCAAACGCAUUGCAAUCUCAUACAUCGUAAGCAUUUUAUCAAUGCAGAAUAAAUAAUCCACUCUUUUGCGCUGGCCGGUCUGAGAAGGAUGGUUUUGCAAUAUGGAACUGAAUAGACAUUGGUACGAUACACGGACCAAUUAACAGAUGGACCUAGGAAAACGCACGGUGAACGACGGAGGGAGAUUUGACAAAGUUUGGUGGCCACAGCACGUAGCUAGCUAUCUAUCUUGAGAAUUUCUUUCUCUCUAAUUCCGGAUUUGGCAUCUUUCAACAUGGAAUUAGACACGGACAUACGAGAAACUGCGAGAGGGUUUCAUUGCAACUUGUGCAAUGUGAAUAUGCCCAACAAGCCCAGCAUGGAUGACCAUGUGAAAGGUCGAAAGCACCAGAAACUGAGCACCGUGCGAGCCACACGGAAGGCUCAAGAGGAGCACAGCGUGUUCGUCAGUGGCUUCAAGGAGAGUACGUCUCAGGCAGACUUGGCGGACUACUUCCAAAAGUUCGGCCCGGUGUCAGAAGUCAUCAUGGACAAAGACAAGGGUGUUUAUGCCAUUGUGGAGUUCAAUGAGAAGGACAGUCUGCAGACAGUUAUGUCCCAGAUAGAGCAUCGUAUGAAUGGCCUAAAGCUACGGGUCAAACCCAGAGAGAAAAAGGAGUUCAAGCUGAUUCCCAAGAAGAAGCCGGACUACAAUAACAUGCAGGAGAUUUCAGAGCGCUUGUCCUCUGAGUUGUGCCAGACAGCAUCAGUGAAUGAGCAGAUGCAGAAGUUGGUGGAAAGACUGCAGCUGAGAGACAAUGAGAAGAAAGCCAGAUCACUGCUGCUCCAACUGCUGCAGGAGGUCUUCAAAGAGUUCUUCCCAGAAAGCCAGAUCCAUCUCUUUGGCUCCUCUGUGAACACGUUUGACAUACACUCCUGUGACUUGGACCUCUUCCUGGACCUGGAGAACACCAAGAUCUUCCAGGCCCGAGCAAGAAGCUCUUCAGAACAGGCGGGGGAAAGCAUGUCGGACGACGCCCGCUCCGAAGACUCCAUCCUCUCCGACAUCGACCUGACCACAGCCACGCCCGCUGAGGUGCUGGACCUGGUCGCUGUCAUUUUGAGGAAGUGCGUCCCUGGAGUGCACAAGGUCCAGGUGGUGGGCAGCGCUCGUCUGCCUGUGGUCAAGUUUGUCCACCGUGAACUCAACCUUCAGGGGGACAUCACCAUCAACAACAGACUUGCUGUGAGGAACACCCGCUACCUGCAGCUCUGCUCUCAGAUGGAGGCCAGGCUCCGCCCCCUGGUCUACACCAUCCGUUUCUGGGCCAGGCAGAAGCAGCUGGCAGGCAACCCCAGCGGAGCUGGUCCCCUGCUCAACAACUACGCUCUGACUCUGCUGGUGAUCUACUUCCUGCAGAACUGUGACCCCCCAGUCCUGCCCACCGUAGACCAGCUGAAGGACAUGGCAUGCGAGGAGGAAGAGUGUGUGAUCGAAGGCUGGAACUGCACCUUCCCCAGCCAGCCCAUCGCCGUGCCCCCUUGCAGCAACACCCAGGACACCUAUACUCUACUGGCCGCCUUCUUCUCCUUCUACGCCAACUUUGACUUUGCCAGCUCUGUCAUCUCCCUCCGCCAGGGCUGCCCACUCCCCAUCACGGCCUUCCUCAGCCGGUCUGGAACCCCCUCUCCAGUGCCCAUGGAGUGGACCAAGCCCUCCCAGGAGAGACCUCCUCCCCACAGCCACGGGCCUAAGCUGGGACCCCUCAACCUGCCGGACCCCUUCGAGCUCAGCCACAACGUGGCGGGCAACGUGACGGAGCGCGCCCAGAAGAGCUUCCAGAAGGAGUGCCAGGAGGCGGAGAAGUACUGCCGCAGCCUCCAGUACCAGCGCAAGUCCACCAAGGGGAAGGUCUGGGGGGUGCUGCGUCUCCUGACGCCCCCCGGAGACGGCCCGAGGAAGACGUCCGCGGCCGACAAGAAGGAGCUGGUCAUCGGCAUCCCCUUCAAGGCCGCUCAGCUCCCCGAGACGGUCCGCUGCCAGCUCCACUCCGCCGGAGACGGCUUCCGUCUGCUCUGGUUCCAGAGCGUGUGCUCCGCCGUGGAGGAGUUGUUCCGGAACAUUCUCAAAUGCAGCCCGGGGAGCGCCACAGAGUCCCCCAUGAAGCAGGACCAAGGACCCAAAUCCGAGACCGCAAUGGAUACCGCUGAUGCCGUCUUCAAAACCCCCAGCAAGUCAGCCGCCGACAACAACGAGGCAGGUCUUGACCGCGCAUCCUCCAGCAGUGAGACGAGUCCUCAGGUCCCAGCCGCCGUAGGAGCCAAGAGGCCCCUGUGCUCUGAGAGCAGCGAUGCUUCCAUGUCUCCACAGGAGAAGAGGCAGAGGCUGGACAGCAGCCCCAGGUCCAGCUCCCAGUCCUGGACCUGGGUCCAGAGACACAAGGUGUGGGCUGGCCGGAGGAAGGUGAGGCGGGAGCUCUUGAAAGGUGUGGUGGACGUGGGUCCGGAGGGGAGCAGCCCUCAGCUGGAGACCCAGGUGACGGAGCACAUCGUGAAGACGGAGCCGGAAGAGAAGGAGCCGCUGGAGUUCAGAGUUCAGGCCCAGGUGUUGGGUGGGACGGAGAGCACUAAGACAGUGGUGAAGUUCAGAACGACCAAUGACAGAGCAGGACUGUUUCAGGACUUUUUUCACUUCCUGGAGGUGUUUCUGCCAAAGAUGGUAGAUACUCUUCUGGAGAGACCUGUUUCGUAGAUAAAAGCAAGGUUGUGCUGGGAUA